UUAAUUAGAAAAAUGGCAGCAAUGAAGACGAUUUGUUUGCUAAUUGUUUUGAUAAACACGAUCUCAGGGACAACCAUGCAGAAGGAUUCUGGUCCAAGAAUAAUUGAAGAGAAUGAAGUCCAGAUAUUAACUGAUGAAGACUGGGAUGAACAUCUUUUAAAUUACGAGGUAUACCUUGUUUUGUUCUACAAGAAAGAGUGUAGUGAGUACAAACAAUUUAUAGGAGAAUAUGAAAAAGCAGCUGACUUCUUGAUUAGUACUUAUCCUUACACACCCUUGGCAAAGGUUGACUGUACUCCUGGUACAAAAUCUACAAAAAGUCUUUGUAAAAAGAGAAAUCAGGACAAACUACCAAUUAUUCGAAUAUACAGAGAGGAGACGUAUUUAUCCGAUUACACUGGACGGAUUGAAAACAAAACUCUUAUCAAUUUUGUAAACCUAAUUCGAGGACCCUCGGUGCAGAAUAUUGAAAGUGAAGCGGAACUUGAUGAAGUUUUUAAUAACUCUACAAAUAAUGUUUUCAUCAGCUUAGCUGGAGGCAAAUAUAAAUAUCUGCAAUCAAGUUUCAUGAAAAUAGGGGACAAAAUGCAUAAAUAUGGAAUAAAGUUCUUCAAUGCUGUUGAUCCAAAAAACCACAAGGAAUACAUACAGUACUAUGGUAGAAUUCUAAUGGUGAAACCGAACCACCUCAGAACUCAUCUUGAAAACAAAAUUCAAGUAUUUUGUGGAAAAGGGAAAACGGAAAAAGAUCUUGAAAUAUGGAUAAAGAAAACAUACAAGGGAUAUGUUGGAGAAAGAACAAGUUUAAAUAAACGUCUUUUUGAUAAGAACUACACAGUUGUAAUAUACUCUUCCCUUGGUUUAGAUUCACGAAGCCAGAUAAAAAAUAUUCAGUAUAUAAUGAAUCGCGCUGUCAGCUUAGUAAUGGAAUUGGAGAACAAUAUUACGGAAAAGAGCGAAGAGAAUGGGAUCCAUAUUGAUUUCGGCAAGAUGGAAAGUUUAGAGUCAAACACAAAAAAUGGAAAAUCUGAUGACGUUAUGGAAAAUCUGAUAGCUGAUAAGUUUGAUGGUAUCACCAUUUUGGCUGAUAAACGAGAUAAAGCAACAAAAUUAACUGAUCAACUAGAUUUAGCAAUAUGCGAAAAAGAAGAUUAUAGUCGUGAACUUAAACUUUGCGGAUAUAGAGCAAAUGAAGUCAGCAGUAACGCUAUUCUAGUCUGUGCUCUGGAUCUUGAAGGAAACUAUUUUCCUCUUCGCGGAACUUUUUCACGGCUUUCUCUUCAAAACUUUAUUGGAGACCUUCUUUCCUCUCAAGUGCUUCCUUAACUAAAGGAAGGGGAACCUGAUGGAGUUCCAUUGGGUCGCUUUCUUCAUCAGAAAAGUUUCUGCAAAACCCUUCAAGUGAUUUUUCGGAAAGUUUCUAAUCAUCAUUCUUCAGGGUGUUCAAACAAACAUAGCUAGCGAUUCAGUGAUGAUGUCGUCUUUGAUAAGAAUUUUUUUUCUAAACAUUACUAGAAUAUACAAGAACCUUAUUAACUGUUUUGAUAUUUAUUUUUCCCUAUUUACAAAAAAAACAGUACCUGUACAAUCAAGUAUCGUUUAAUGAAAAAAAAUCCUCUUACCAUAUACACUAUACACUAAAUAAAAAAUAACUAUUGUUAUUAUUGUAAAAUCCUAUUCAAAUAUAAGAUAACAGUUCUUUAAUAUGAUCCAAAAAUGUCAAAAAAAUAAGUGCAACAGUUGUAGUUGUUUUAUUAUUUGUAUUUUGCGGAUUUUUUUGUUCAAAUUUGCGAUUUUUCAAAAUAAUGAAUACAGGGGAAAUUGGUUUCAAAGCUAACACUUGGCCCAUUACUAACAAUGAGUGUAAGGAAUGAUUUUUGUCUUCAUUUUCGAACAUAUUCCUAUUUGGAAAAAAUUACCGCAAUUCAGUUCAUUUCGCGUUAUUGAAACAUAUCCGGGUUUGGGACAACUAUCAUAUCAAUGUCGAUUUUAAAGCCACACUAACGUAACAAACAACUGAUUUUUUUUUAUAAUGUAAAAUAAAAAACAAAAUAUAAAAAAAGCA